AGGGAAUCGUGAAAAGUCGAUGUCAAAUUUUGGGGAAUAAUCUCCUAUUUUCUAGUGGAUAAACAAAAUAUUUGAGAGAUUUAUCGACACGGAUAUAUGUAGCAGAUAUUUAAAUUCGUGUAUGCCCAAUAUGGGGGCACAGAUAUGGAUAUACGGUCUGAUAUUGGCCAUUUUGUGUUCGUCGGGUUAUUCUACUCGGAUGCAAGUACAGAUGGACCCCUUCAAUGCUGCAUAUUUCUUAUGGACCCCAAAGACAACAAAAACUGGCCACGCUAAAACCCAACUAGACGAAACCUUUGUUGUUAUGAACCCCCAGGAUUCCAACAAAAUCAGCGUGAAUUAUGGGCCAUUUUCUGACACGAAAACAAUCACCCCAAAUCUUGUCGCAAAUAAUUAUAGCAAUGUUUUACAUAAUGUAAAAUUAGAAGGAAUCGAUAUAAGUGCUCAUUUACUGCAAGAAACCAUCACAAGGGAUUCGUCAGAAAUUCAAGUUUUAUUCCACGCAGGACAAAUCCAGGAUAACAACAGUGAGAAGUCCUCUAAAGGGAGCUAUAGCAAGAAACGCCCGAUGUAUUAUCAGGAAAUCGAGCAAAAAUGGUGCUUACAUAUGUAUGUGUUACUUGACACUCAGGAGCUCGCGUCGUCAUGUAUUCUAAGCAGCUUCACCGGGACGUGCAUGGGAAGUGUAACCCUACCCAGUGAAUGGUGGCAGGGCUUGUCUAUACACCCAAAAGCAGAUAUUUACUAUUCUGCAUACAGUAUCAAAGAAAAUCUAGAAUGUUCUACGGCGACUAACUCAAUCGUGCCAGAUAAAACAAAUGACCGCGAGGUUACCCGUUACUUCGUUAGCUCGGUUCCGAUGGUUACAGGAGCACCGAUUUUUGACGAACGGAAGGAGGAUCAGCAUAUUUUGGUGUAUAUUCCACGACAGGUUUUCCACCCUGGGACCAGAUUUAAAGUUCCUGUUAAGCUCCAAGCAGAAUCUGAUCUUCAACUAUUCGUUGUUAGGGCCAAGGCACGUAAUGGAUUGAAGAUUGUUGGUGUAGAAACCUCGCAACCAGACAAAUGGAAAGUACGACUGCAGGAUAUGACAAGACAGCAGAAGAAUGCAAUGGUCACUGCAUAUGUGAAGGAUGAGAUGACUUAUAUAAAGCGAGACAGGAUCCAGGACGUGUUUGAGUGGACAUUUGAGGUUGAUGAUGAUGUCACAAGUAACGAGCACGGGAGGAUUACUUUCACCAUCGAGUACGAGAUGAGUCAGAAUAUGAAAGAACAUUACGGCACUGCAGCUACCCGAUUGGUCGCCAAGAUCCUCAUUCAACAUGACGAUACUUAUACGAUACUCCCUGUUGUUAAGAAAAAUGAGUUCCUUAACACUGCAGUUUUGACAGGGAGGGUAGUGGCAUACCCAAUGAAGGUCUACUCUAUCAGUCAGACUGGAAUUAUCACAGAUAUCACUACGGCAACCAUGUGCCACUCCCAGGAUGAGCAUGUGUUGAAGGUUGACCAAUCGUGUCGUCAUAUCUUCCUAGAUGGAACAGAGACAAUGGGUGCUAGUAACGUCAGUGUAAUCGCUAAAUAUCAUGGACACACCCACUUUUUACGAUUCAAGGUUUGGAUGCCAGAGUUUCCCCUGCAGAUUGAGAUCUCAGAUAGCAAGCUGAGUCAGGUCAAAGGUUGGAAGUCCCCAAACCAGCCUAGAAACCGACAAAAGCGUGGGGUUGACUUUGGCUUACUGACAUAUCCCUUAUUAGGGGAACAACCCACAUUUGAGAAACCCCAAUUUUCCUGUCACCUGAGAUUCCAGCAAACCACCCCUGAGGUUUAUGCCAGAUUUUACCUCCCAGAUGCAAUUUCUCCUGAUCGAAAAUCAUAUUUCUUCAACAAAAAGGCAUAUUUCCGUGUAACUGAUAUGGUGCGGGAAAGGAUGAGAGUCGCAGAUACGCAUAUAGCUGCUUUAAAGGAUAAGAUCAUUAUGGGAAAGAAACCAGGACGAACAGAAAUACAGGUGCUUUCAAGGGAUGGCAGAGUCAUCGGAGCGAGAGAGCUACGUGUUGGAAAUGAUAAAGUUAUGAUUGAUCGUCUGGAAAUAAAUAUGGUGACUGGCAUCUCAUUGGCUGUUGAGGAGUCACAUGAUCUCCCUGGUGCAGUAGUAGCGAAGGUCCAUCGUGAACACACACUAUCUCAUAAAAAUCAGGAGGCUUUUCUAGAGGUGUCCAUUUUAUUCACUGAUGGUACUCUACUCUCCUUAAGUCAGGUCGACUCGCUGGAUUACUUUGUUGACCAGCUAAGCCUUAAUCACCACGUCAUUACGUUUGGUCCCAUGUUCUCCAGCGACAUGCCGAGGAUUAUCGCACUUGGUCAGGGCAAGGGAGAAUUAAUUAAAAUCACCUUGGAGUUGGGCGACACAUGCCAUAAAAAGAAAUCGAAGUCAUUAGCGACAAGCUAUGUACACAUUGAUGUUGAUUUUUCCGAGACAUCAGAAAGGGGCGCAGUGCAAAAUAUAGACAAUCGACCAAGUGAUCGGUACGAAGUAAGGCACAAACCUGAGAAGGAAGAGGAUCCUAUUAAGGAAGUGAAGCCCUCAAGCCCCGAUAAAUCCAAGCCUAAAGGGAAGGGGGUCAAGGAGGGGUCCCAGGAUAUUUCCCUUAAAGAAUUGGACCUGGGGGGUCUGCCUAAAAGCCCCAUUGAGGACCCUGGGGUUGCUCAUCAACAGGUCCUCCAGAGCCCAGUUUCCCCCACCCCCCUAGAGAUAGGCAUGUAUGUACUAUUAGCCAUAUUCUGCGUCGCUAUCUUAGUAUUCCUAGCAAACUGUAUGAUUUUUGUUGUGCGAUAUCGUCGCAAGCGUAUGCCACGGGAAGCGUCGGAGUCGGUUUCCCAGGCGCCUGAUUGGGUCUGGAUUGGAAGCCAGACUCUCGAGCGCAAUGCUAUUAAUACCCAUCCCGUACAAACUCUCGUCCCAGAGGAGGACUUCAAUGGGAACAAUAUGGGUAAUGGAAAUGGGGGUCAAUUAAGGGGUAGACCUGUAUCUGGCUGCAGCAGUGCGCCAAGCAAUAGGAAUAGUCAAAUCUCAACCUAUAAAGGGUCGGAGUGUAGUAUACGCAUCACAGCAAAUCCCUUAGGGGACGGACACUCUACACAAUCAAGUGACAAAUCUAGUGGUAGUGGAGAUGCGUCCAUGGCAACAGCCUCUCCAACUCCUUCUCAAAAUAGCAGACGCAGCCUGCGUAUAACCCAUAAUCCUUUGCCAGAGGAAAAUGGCAACUUAACUGACUCUGAGUUUGAGUGGGAUUAUGAGAGGAUGGGGCUAAACUAUAAUCAGCUAAUGGACUAUUUUGACAAUCUGAAAGAAUCAACAGCGUAACAAUGAAGCACAUGACACAUUCAAGAUUUCAAAAUUAUUAUUGAAAGAUCUGCCUCAUUUCACGACAGUAUGUAAAGGAACUCAAGUUCAUUUGUCUGAUUAAUUGCUUGGUGUACUGUCAAUUGUCAAUCUUGAACUUUUACUGCAAGAAAGACGCCUCGUUGUUGUCUUGUAUGUUGUCAGAGAUAUGCAUUUAUUCUAUUGGCUCGUACAGAGUUUAGUCAUGAUACCAUAGCUGUAUCAAACCACAGAAUACGCACUCACAUCCCAUGACAAGAACCAGACAUAUUAAUUUACAAUGAUUGAUUUAUUUAAAUAUAGCAGGGUUUUCUUGUCAUGAGAGUUAAAUAUCAUUAUCUAGAUCAAUUGCCAAUAUUAGUUACUGCCAUAAUUUUUUUUUUAUUUAAUAAUAUUUGAAAGCAUGACAAAUUAUUUCUCAGUUUUUAUAUUGCAAUAUAAUAACAAUGUUUUGUGUAUUCCAAAAUAUGACCAAACAUGUACCUUACAUGUAACCUACGCAAUAUGUGUAUGAUACUAAAAUAAGAGACUCUAGGAAAAGACUUUAUCAGUAAAUUUUUUUAAUUGUAUUACUUCUAUUUUAAGCCUUGGAUGAAUGAUUUAAAUCAAAGCCUAACAUUAAUCAUCUUACUUUUUUCUAUAUUAUCUUGUUAAAUUUUGAGAACAAAAUUAUAUUUGAUGUUGCCAUAAAUGCUUAAAUGUUUGUUUACAGAACUACAGCAUAAAUAAGUUGAUUGUUUUGUUUUUUUGAAUAAUAUGUGUCAUUGUGAAACAUAAUGUUAAUAUUUAUCAACAAAAAAAA